AUGACCACAAAGCAAUGGCCGCGCCUCAUCCGCGACUAUGGCCAGCAAAGCCGCUGGCGAGAUGCAGUGAAUUUGCUUCUGGACCUGGAAGCGCCAGACGUCUUCGCAUACUCAGCAGCCAUUGGUGCCGUGGGGCGCGCCAAGCAAUGGCUCUGUGCAGUGGCGCUUUUGCAGGACCUGAGGCAGUAUGGGCUUUUGCCGGAUGCCUUUAUUUGGAGCGGCCUGCUGUCUGCCUGUGAGCGCGGGAGACAAUGGACGGCCAGCUUGGCUCUCUACCACUCCGCAGGGCGCGGGCUCAACGCAGUGGUGGCCAACAGCGCCUUGGGGGGCCUGUCAGCCUGCGGCCAGUGGCUGGGCACCCUGGACAUGUUCCAGAGCCUCGCUGCCGCGCGGGAAAUGAUGGAACUGGGCAAGCACCUUUUCAUCUGA